UAAGAAUCAUUGGGAAAACUUCGUAUUCCGUAUCAAAAAUAAUUUGACCAGCCAUAAGCAAAUAGGUAAUGAUCCUAAAUAUAGAGAUUUUAAAGUUCAACUAGCAUACUUCCCAACUUUGACUAAAAAAAAUCAAUCAGCAACUAUGGAAGAUGCACAAGAUCAGUAUUAUGACACAAUGUCACUUUGGGGGGUUUGA